AAUUAUUCAAAGUGAGCAUAGAAACACCAACAUUAUCAAAAUUUACAAAUUUCUACAAGAAUAAUGGCAAAGCUUUUGACUAGUGUUUUUCUCGUUGCUGUUCUAUUUUUUGUUGAAACAAUGAUCCCUUCAGUUGAAUCAAAAACCUGCUAUCAAAUACAUCCAGAAAUAUUGUGCGAUGAUGGAAAAGUUGAACCAAAAUGUUUACCAUUUUGUAAACAAAAGUUUGGCUCCCAAGCUGGUGGCCAAUGCAUUGAACAGUUUGGCUUUGAUGGCCCCUUUUGUGCUUGUGAUUACCCUUGCUAAUCAUCCUUUCCUAUCUUUAUACCUUAAUAAAAUUUUGUUUCUACAUGUCAUUUUAGAUAUCCAUCUUGAUGUGAUAUCAAUUUCAAUAAACUUUAAUAUUUUGAGAUUUGGUUAAUGUUUA